GGAGCAGGAAGUGAGUGAGUUGCAAACACAGGCAGAGUGACAGCAGAGCGGGAAGUGAAUAUUAAUAUUAAUAAUUUAAUAACAGCUUUAUUAAUCCGCCUCUGAGGCAGCAGGUUUUCCAGCCGUACCUCCUCCGAUAUGGCCUGUUUAACUCUGCUGCUGCUGCCGCUUCUCCUGACUUUAAACGAGGCGAGAAUACAUCGACUGUCCCUCAGCAAUGAAACCCGUUCCGUUGUUCACCUGAACACGUUCGGUUACUUCGCCAAUGGAACUCUGGAGGUCAACCUGACGUCCCUCUAUCUUCCCCAAAUCAGCAAGACCAACUUUACUACCAAUCCUGUGGGCUUCAGUCUGGCUCGGUCUCAUGUGAAUGGAGUUCUUUCUUACACAGCCGAGGACCCUGAGAAGUGCUCUCUGUUAAAAACCAAAAGUGAUGAUACACUCAUUCUCUUCAUCAUUGACCCACUAACACUCAGUGUCCAGGUAAAGUCCUUUCAUGAGGAGGACAUCAUCUUAACGGCUGACCAGAAAAAAGAAGUGAAGGAAACCCGGAAGAAAAGAGACAACAAAUCAAAAUUGGCUUCAGGUAACACAGACACCACGGCUGGUGAGAACAAAGACAGUACAACCAAAGCAGAAGAGAAACCGGUUGAGGACAAAACAGCAAAAAAUAAGGACCCUGCUGUGAGCGACCCGAAAGAAUCAAAAGAUACGAAAAAACAGCAAGAUCCGAAGAAACAGAAAGAACAGAAAGAAGAGAAGAAAGAGGAGCUCAAGGAGAGCAUAGUUACUGAGUCUCUUACUAAAAAGGGGAAGAACAUAAACGGAAUGAAGUUGACCCUCCUCAAGUUCAAGGACUCCUACAACUUCACAUUUCAUAUCACUAUGGGAGCUGAAGAUCAGGGCCUGUACACUCUGAACUUCCAUAACUGCUACAGUAUGAUGCCGGGCACUUUCAGCCCAUACUCACUCAGCGUCCACAUUACAGAGAAGAAUCCGGCUGGUUUCCUCUCGGCUGCUGAGAUUCCUCUGCCGCGUCUCUACAUCUGCAUGGCGGCGAUGUUUCUGACCGCUGCCAUAGUGUGGACAUACACUCUCCUCAAACACCGGUACAGCGUGUUUAAAAUCCACUGGCUGAUGGCGUCUCUGGCCUACACUAAAGCUGUGUCUCUGGUGUUCCACAGUAUCAACUAUCACUUCAUCAACACGGAGGGACAUCCUAUUGAAGGCUGGGCGGUGAUGUACUACAUCACUCACCUACUGAAGGGGGCGCUGCUGUUCAUCACUCUGGCUCUGAUAGGAACAGGCUUUGCCUUUGUGAAAUACAUCCUGUCUGAUAAGGAGAAGAAGAUCUUCAUGAUCGUCAUCCCUCUACAGGUUCUAGCUAACGUGGCGUAUAUCAUCAUUGAGGAGACGGAGGAGGCCUCCAGUGAGUACGCUCUGUGGAGGGAGAUCCUCUUCCUGGUGGAUCUGAUCUGCUGUGGAGCGAUCCUCUUCCCCGUCGUCUGGUCCAUUCGACACCUGCAGGAGGCGUCCACCACAGACGGAAAAGCUGCGAUGAAUCUGGAGAAGCUGAAGCUGUUUAGGCAUUACUAUGUGAUGAUCGUGUGUUAUAUCUACUUUACGAGGAUCAUUGCCAUCCUGCUGAAGGUCACUGUACCCUUCCAGUGGCAGUGGUCCCAAGAGUUUCUGAUUGAGGUGUCCACUCUGGUGUUUUUUGUAUUGACGGGCUUUAAGUUCCGGCCGGCCUCCAACAACCCGUACCUGCAGCUCCCUCAGGACGAGGAGGACCUGGAGAUGGACGAAGUUGUAACAGAGUCCGGGGCGUUGGAGGGAAUCUCGAAGGUGAAGAAGACGUCGAACGGCCGAGAGAGACAGAGAGACCCCGCCUUGUGACUGUGACAUCAUAAUGGGGGGCAGAGCCUGGACUGUUUAACUCCGCCCCAGUCUUCCCGCCAUUCCGCCUACGGUAGACCGUGGCCUGAGCUAUGCAAGACGAAAGAAAGCAAAAACGGAUGUUUCGGAACGAGUUGCUGAGCUGUGUGUGAGUGUGUGUUUCAGUGUGUGUGUGUGUGUGUGUGUGUGUGUGUGUGUUUCAGUGUGUGUGUGUGUGUGUGUGUGUUAUGGACUGUUUCUGUGUAAAGAUUCUAAAAAACGCCCUCCACAUUCUCUCCCUUAUAAACGAGGACCUGAAGGACGCUUUGGUUUGAUGUCCUUCUACUCCAUUUUUCUACAGGAUCAGCCUUACCACUGUGCACUCACUCCCUUCUUUCAUUCUGUCUUCCUCUCUUUCUCUGAGGGCUGUGGAAAUCCAAAGAUUUACAAUCAUUUACAGAAAAAACAACUUUAUUCAUUCUAAACUUUUGUUUUUAAGUCUAUUUUUUUUCUUCUCUCUUCAUUAUUUAAUGGGUUCUGCAGAGUGUUGGGCGAAGGUUGAUAUUCUUUUAUUUUGUGCUGUUUCUGUUGUGGUUUGACGCUUGAUGAGGCUUCAUAUGAUCAGAAAUGAUCUUCCAUUAGGCGUACAUGUAUAAAGCUUUUUCCUCCUUUUUUUUAUAUACUUGUUUUCUCAAAACUACACAAAACCAGCCUUGGAUUGGGCCCAGUUUCAGUCUGAUUUGGUUUCGCGCUUCACACAGUCAAAAAUAUGGUUGGCAUGAUUGAAGCCAGUUAAUCCCGCCUCUUCACAUCUCUACGCUCAUUUAAUUAGCUUGGAAAAAAUGUACUGACUGGGAUACGAAUGUCUGGUUGGGGCUGCAUGACGUAUCGAUUGUUCUUCAUUAUCACAAUAUAUUGCAAUAUCGAUAUUGAGGAAGGCUGCAAUAAACAAAUGAGACUUUUUGCAGAACGUCAUUUUGUGAGUAUUCUGACCAAAUCUUAGACAUUUCAGAUGAGUUUUUCAUUUUGUCAGGGAUGUUUAAAUGUAUUGACACGUAUUGCAAAUUGCCAAAAACUUAGUGAAAUCAUCUACAUGUAGUCGAUAUUUCUUAUUUCUCACGAUGAGACUGUUGUAAGGAAAUUGUAAGAUAAUUUUUUUUUUUACCCAUAUUGUAAAUUUUGGUUUCCCCCACUGAGGUCCACUUACGAUGUAUUAUAAUUCUUUUUUACCUGAGGUUUUCCAACCUCUUUGUAUCCCUUACAAUGAAAGUUUUUUUCUGUGCACUUUAAAACUGAUAUAUGUAAGUGAGCUCUGUUCUGAUUGGCUGUCCUGUAUUGUGCCUCGUUCAAAAAGCAGUCUGGGCUGAAACACUCCAUAUAACUUCAGUGUGAGUGGGCGGGGCUAAAAGGCGGAUAUAUGCAGAUGCUUUGUUUUUUCUUUCAUCACAAAGACAGUGAAUUCAAAACAGGCUGUUUUUGCAGCUUAGUUUCCACAUAUGGGCUGUACAGACUGUGAAGCGCUUUGAAACUUUAACUUGUACUUGAAACUUAAACUGUGUUUACAUGCACUCAAUAAUCCGAUCAUAAUCAGAUUUCUGCAGUUAUCUGAGUAUUCAAAUGAUCAUGUAAACAGGUUUUCCUUAGAUCGGAGUAAGGCCUAGAAAUCCGAUAAAGAGAGCUGGAUUUUAGCUAAGUAAUCAGAUUUCUCAGUGCAUGUGAACUCUUACUCUGAUUUCUUUCAGAUUUCUCAGUCUGUGCAUGUGUGAAAAUAGACUGUGGUACCGGAAAUAAGCGAGCAGCGUCGCCACGAGACGCAGCAAAACACUUUAGGCGCAACAAUUAAACCAAACACACGCUUGACGUAAUGAAGAAUUUAAAUAUUCUUCAUCUUCUAGAUGAUAUAUGUUCAUAUUUUCAGGUAAAGUGGUGCAGUGUUAAAAAAAAAGCCACGUCAUGAGUUUUACUUCUUCUGUGAGUUUAUUGGCUGGUUGUAAAGCAAAUAUCUGAUUACUGUCUGACUCAUGUAGACCUGGAGUUUCCCCAUUAUCUGAUUACUCAAGUGCAUGUAAACACACUGAUCGGAUUAUUGACAUAAUGUGAUUUUCUGCAGUUAUCGGAUUAUUAAGUGCAUGUAAACGCGAUCAUUGUUUACAUGCUACAGACUUUUUUAUUCCCCCAAAAAGUGAUUAACAUUUGUUUUCCUGUGAUUUGAGCCCUUAAAAGUUAUGUUAUCAUCUUAUUGUAUUGGUAUGUACAUUUUCCUUCUUAAAUAAAGAAAAGCCAGUAGAAUGAUAGUUUCUUCAGAUAAAAUGACUAAAAACGUCUAGAAGUGAGUCAGUAGUCCUCUGAUAUUCUUACAACAGUCUCAUUUUGACGAGAUUUAAGAUAUUUUGUCUUGCUGUUAUGUUUUCACAGUGCAGUUUGUAGCAAUAUUAUUCUAUAAGUGAUGUAAUAUCUUAUUGUCCAUAUCUUGCAGCCCUGAUAUCAGCACUUGUGAAGUGUGGCUUUAGCAUAACUACAGCACUCCAGCUAACCUAAGCAAGCUAGUGUGGCUAACGUUGGCGAACACAAUGCUAGCAAGGAUUUGGGUUUAGUAGAAAAGGUUCUUUAGUCGAGGCAAUGUCAUGCUUAAGUGGUUCUUUGCAUGGUGAAAUGUUCUUUAGAUUGAUUGAGAAGGUGUUGUGUAUGGUUCUAUGUAGAACCUUUUUGAAAAUGGCUCUAUAUAGCACCACAAAGGGUUCUUCUAUUGCUACCAGCUUGACGUCGUAACAAUAGCAGAACUCUCAUUAGUUCUAUGUAUAACCGUACACAACACAUUCUCCAUCAGUCUGAAUAACCUUUUCACCAUGCAGAGAACCAUUUCAGCAUGACAUUGCCCCUAAUAAAGAACCUUUGCAGAACCAUCUUUAAGCGUGUUCUCUGUUACCCACAAAACGAGAGGCAACAUUAAUUUAUUUUUGAAACCGUUCACAAAAACAUAUUUAUGCUCAGCUGUUAAAGAGGUCACAGACGGAUUUGUGUGACAGCUUUCGUAGAAAUACUAUGUUUAUCUUCUGUUUAUAACGUUGUUUAUGUUUGUUUAUUAACAUAUACUGUGCUCCUCAGAAAAAAAAAGGUUCUUCAUGGGUUCUUCGGUAAAAUUCAGUUAUGUAUAGAACCGUGACAGCUCAAAGAACCAUUUGAAGGCAUGGUUCUUUGCAUGGUUAAAUGGUUGUAAUCCAUGAUGGAAAACCUGCUGUAUGCUGUAUAUUCUUUAAAGAAAUGGUAUAGCAUCAAAAGCGUUCUAGUCUUAGAACCUUUUUAGGUACUGCACUCUUUUAAAA